UUGGCGUCCUCUCGCUGCUCCGGCGGCGCUCUGGGCGUCCUCUCGCUGCUCCGGCGCCUCUCUACUGCGUGCGAGGCGGUGGCGGAAGUGGCGGGCGGGAAGAUGGCGGCGUUCGAGCACAUGGGGUUGGACGGGCGGCUGCUGAGGGCGGUGGCGGAGCUGGGCUGGGCCGCCCCCACGGCCAUCCAGGCUGAGGCCAUCCCGUUGGCGCUGGAGGGUCGCGACGUGCUGGCGCGAGCCCGGACCGGCUCCGGAAAAACCGGAGCCUACGGAUUACCGCUCCUCCAACACAUUCUACGCGUCAAGGAGGCUCCGUCGGCGGCGGCGGCGCAGGCGGUGCGGGCGUUGGUGUUGGUGCCGUCCAAGGAGUUGGGGCUGCAGGUGGUGGGCGCUCUGCGGCGGAUGGCGGCGUUCUGCGCCCGCGACGUGCGCGUGGCCGACCUCUGCGCCCACGCCGACCUCGCCGCGCAGCGGCCGGUGCUGAUGGAGCUGCCGGACGUGGUGGUGGGGACGCCGGGGCGAGUGCUGGCGCACGUGUUGGGGCGCUCGCUGGAGCUGUGGCGCUCGCUGGAGCUGCUCGUGCUCGACGAGGCCGACCUGCUGCUCGCCUUCGGCACAGCCGCCGACAUCAAAGCGCUGCUCUGUCACCUCCCCAAGAUCUACCAAGCGCUGCUGUUCUCGGCCACCUUCAGCCCCGACGUCGAGAGCCUCCGCGAGCUCGUGCUGCACAACCCCGUGACCGUGUGCCCUCCGGAGCCGCAGCUUCCCGGCUCUUCCCAACUCCAGCAGUUGGUGGUUCCGUGCGAUACGGAGGAGGACAAAUUCCUGGUGCUGUGCGCUCUGCUCCGGCUCCGACUGCUCCGCGGUCGUCUCCUCCUCUUCGUCGGCGCUCUCCAACGUUGUUAUCGGCUCAAACUCUUCCUGGAACAGUUCGGAAUCGCCGCCUGCGUCCUCAACUCCGAACUGCCCGCGCGCUCCCGGAGCCACAUCCUCUCGCAGUUCAACCGCGGUGUCUACGACUGCAUUGUGGCCACCGACGAGGAGACACCACCGGCGCCGGUGGGACGGCCAUCGCAGCGGGGAGCGCGGCGCGGCGCCCGCGGCUCAGACCCCGAGUUCGGCGUCGCGCGCGGUAUCGACUUCCAGAACGUGGCGGCCGUCAUCAACUUCGAUGUCCCUCCGACGGUCGAGUCCUACAUCCACCGCGUGGGCAGGACGGCUCGCGCCGACAACCCCGGCAUGGCGCUGACCUUGGCGUCCCCGGAAGAACGUGCGGAGCUGAGGCGAAUCGAAGACGCUCUCAUCGCAGAGGACGGCGACUCCAUGUUGCGCCCUUCCAAGUUCUCCAUGGAGGAGAUCGAAGGGUUGCGCUAUCGCUGCCGGGACGCGAUGCGCUCCGUCACCAAACAGGCGGUGAAGGAAGCGCGGCUGCGGGAGAUCAAAGAGGAGCUCCUCAACUCCCAGAAGCUGAAGGUGUAUUUUGAGGAUAAUCCGCGGGAUUUGGAGGUUCUCCGUCACGACAAAGCGCUGCACCCGGCGAUCGUCAAACCCCACCUGCGCAACGUCCCCGAGUACCUGAUUCCUCCGACCCUCCGCGGCGUCGCCGCUCCCAACCCUCGGAAGCGCAAAACCCUCGGACGGACCCCACCGAGCGGUGCCAUCGGCCGUCGCGGCACCACCACCACCACCACCCGCCGCCGCCGCCGCGCCGCCACCGCCGACCCCCUGCGCACCUUCCGCUACGCCGCUCAACGCCAACGCCGCCGCUCCACCGCGUCCUCCUGAGCCGAACGCCGCCGCCACGGCCUCUCCGUUGUCCCCACGGAGCGCCGCAAAGGCCACGUCUGCGGCCAUCGCCGUUGACCAAUAAAUCCGCCAACCCAACCAAGAUGGCGUCGCGGUCUGGCGCUUGGCGGCUACGUGACGGCAGGCGGUUGGCGUCGCUUAUCGCCGGCCCUCCUUAUCGCGGUCAAGGCUCAACGGGCGCCAUAAAGCCGGGGCGCGGCCGCUGACGGCCAUGAAGGAGUCCCCGUCGUGGCGUCUUUAUC